AUGGAAAUAAAAACUGAUAACCGAGAAAAAGUAGGUCAAUGCUCAAGUGAAAUAGAAAGCAUUCUGCAAUCCCAAAAGUGGAAAAAUAAACGACACUCUCAAAAUAUCCAAAAGCCUAUAAAACAAACGAUAAACCAUGCAAAAUCGUCAUCACAAGUUGAAAUUCUGUGUAAAAAUGAUAAAAAGCUUAUCAAGCUUCCAUCAAUCAAAAAUAAAGUUUCUCCCUAUCUCCUCACAAUGAACUUAAUUAAAACAACUCUCAACUCUCCUCAUCACGGCUCUACUAAUGACCAAAAGGCCAGCCAAAGCUCCAAAAUUUUUCGCUUUGCAAUCCCCUAUAAAAUCCUAAAAGAUUCUUUAAAACUUAAUUUAGUAGGGCACAAAAAGCCUCAAACUAACACUUUAAAAGUGCCACUUUUCCCUCAAUCUCCUUACGGGAAUCAUAAGCAGGACUCAGAAAUUCGUUUCAAAGACAUCCCAAAGCCUAAAGAAAAAACACAGCCAACCUUCACCGAAAGAGCUAGAAAAAAUAGUGGCAGCUUUUAA